GUUAAGGCUGAUCAGAAUAAUCAUUUCUAAAAAAAAAUGCAUCUGUACUGGCUCCUUUGCACCAUUUUCUGCAUCUUCGCUCUAGAAUGCCACGGUCAACAAUUCAACUCUAAAGAGGAACCCGUGAAGAAUUGCGGUGCCAAAUUUAGUAGGCAGGUAGAUGUCCGUGGCAGCCGAGCGCAGCGCAGGGACGGUGAAAUUAUUAUAGCAGAUUUUAAAAGGGAUUCAUUUUCGUGUGCUGAGAAACCAGGAACACUCAUAAAGCACGCAAACGUCCGCAUCGACCUGCAAGAUCCUUCUGGAGGGUUUGAAAGAAAUGGUAAACGAUGGCGUAAUUUACAGGUGCAGUUGAACGGACCUAGACCCAAUGGCUUUCCAUCCACGGUGGCCACGGUUCUAUUGCAGUGCGAUAAAACAUUUCCUAUUCGCCUCGUACGAAAAGCUUUCGUGGACAGCAUGACCAAAUGUGCUAUGAUUUGGCUGAGUCAGUAAAAAUGAAAAAAAAAAUUAUUCAAUGUAUUGCUAUAUUAUCGAUUGGCUAAGCAUAAACGAAUU